AUGACGUUAAUCCAAACCCUACCUGCGGAGCUCUUCGACCCAAUCCUGAAAGUGUACGUCGAUACCGUCCCGCUCCACGAGAGCUUUCGUGCCCGCAUCGUGUCUCGGACGUUUCGAAAUGCGAUCGACCACGUACUGUUGGCGCAAACUCCGGCAAUCGUCUACGAGACAUAUCUCCGCAACAUCGAGCCGGAAGUUGAUGACCGUCAUGAUAACGGACCACCAACUUUCCUCCGAAAGAAUUCGCAUACUUUGCACAUGAAUCAUUGUAUGCGCAAUCGUGGUAUGAACCGGGACUUGACCAAGUGCCUCAACAAACUUACUGACGAGAUGAUGCAAUUUACGAACCCCACAAACGAUGUCAUUGACACUACUGUGCGCAAGGCCUAUCUUAGUGAUAUAUGUCUCACCUAUAGCGUCCUAAGACCAGGCAUGGAAAUACUGCGAGAUGGUUCCGACAAAUAUUCCAGCAAGCCGGACUUCUUACCCCCAGAUACAAUGGAUAACGAUCGAAGGAAAGAUUUGAAGCACUCUGCAACGCCGAUAACCUCGGUAGAUCUUUUGACCGCGGCGGCCGCUGUGGGAAAUAUCGAAGCUGUCGAUCAUUUCAUAGCACAAGGGGCAGACCCUCUGGGGUACACUUCUGGCAUACUCACUGGCCCGAUCAAAGCAGCUGCAGUGUGUGGCCACACUCCAAUGGUUCUUAAGCUUGUAGAGCUUGCAAGACAUGAUUUCCCGACUCUUGGAGCGCGGGAACGUGACUGGAUUCUCGUCACAUUCGAGACUGCGGUGUGUCAUGCCAUGAAAGCUGGAGACACAGAAUCAGUGCGAAUGUUACUAGAAUUUUUCGUCACUCGCCGUGAAGCCCGAAUCCCGGAGAUUUGGAAAAAGUUGAUUACCGAUGGAGCACAAAACGGCAAAACCGAAACCCUCGUGACGAUUUUGAAGGACGAUAUCCCGAAACGCACUCCAGCGGAUCACCACAGCGAUUUGCAGUACGCGUUAAAAGAAGCUUGCGAAGCUGGACAUUCCGAACUCGUAUGCCGCAUACUUGGUGGCGAUUUCGUGCUUUUUAAUCGCGAUCACCUCAUCCAACAAACAUCGCUGGAAGCAGCACGUUACGGACAUCGAAGCUUGGUCGAUCUCCUCAGAAGCCGCGGCGCCCAUAUCGGAUCACAACAUCUCGUCGAAGGUAUGACAACUUUUGCAGACAGGGCAACGACCCACUUCCUUAUGACCCGCCACCUGGUCGAUGCGGGUGUUCCAAUAGACGCGCAAGUUCUUAAGCAGUGUGAAAGUAAGGCAUCUUUUGCACUACGUGCAAGACACAAGAUGAAGCAGAGCCACUUCUGUCUUACUGAUGGUGCCAUGGUAACCAUCUUGAUUGCGAGCGAAGCGAAGCGACAGGGCUUACGGGCAGAACUCAAGUCGUGCGGCAGCAUCAAGCUUCUACUGAGGCUAGUGCUUAACGGGAAGAUCAUAGUUCCUCCUGAGCCGCUGGAUUUCAUGAAACUGGCGGUAGAGGUAGUAGACUGGCUGGCUAAUGAGAGUCAGCCAGCGGCGUCUUAG